GUCACAGUUCAGUGUUCUUAAUCUGUGCGUCCAUGUACACAUAUAUGUCAUUUAUUAGACUCUAUUAAAUAGAGUAAACAUCGUUAAUAACUGUUUGCAUCCGGUUAUAUUAGUCUGAGCGCACUUUGAUGCGUCUCGAGCUAGCUUAGCUUGCUAGUUAGCUUAGCUUGUUAGCUGCUAACAAAGAGAGGCGGAAAUGAUCAAAACACAUCGCUAAGCAGAGAUCAAGUGUGAGUGUAAAGUGUUGUGAUUGUGUGAAAAUGUGCGAAAGAACGAUAGCAGAGUACGAGGAGGAACUUUGUCCAACAAAAGAGGAGAAGGAGCGACAACAUCAAGUUGUGUUACACAGAACAGACAUCCAUCAGCUGAUUGGACACCAAGAAGAAUGUCUCCCUCAUCUGCAGGGGGACAGUUUCACUUUAGAGGAUCCACAGCCCUCACAUUUUAAAGGGGACGAGGAUGAUCCACACUCCCCCUAUAUUAAAGAGGAAGAGGAGGGAGAGUGUCCUGUAGGGCAGGAGGAGGCUGAUCUCACCAAGUUUCCACUGACUGUUGUCUCUGUGAAGACUGAAGAGCAUGAAGACAAACCACCUGAGUCCUCACAGCUUCAUCACAGUCCAAACGUCUGUGAAGAACAUCUUCACUCUGAGCAACAGAAGUGGAGCUUCAGAAUGGGGACGGAGGAGCCACAGCCCUCCCAUAUUAAGAAGGAAGAGGAAUACGCACUGAUCCCCCAUUUUAAAAAGGAAUCGGUGGAUCCACUGAGCCCUCACAUUAAGGAGGAAGAGGUGGAUCCACUGACACCCCAUUUUAAAGAGGAAGAGGAGGACCCACUGGCACCCCAUUUGAAAAAGGAAGAGGAGGACCCACUGACACCCCAUUUUAAAGAGGAAGAAGAGGACCCACUGACACCCCUUUUUAAAGAGAAAGCAGUGGAUCCACUGAGCCCUCACAUUAAGGAGGAAGAGGAGGACCCACUGACUCCUCACAUUAAAGAGGAAGAGGAGGAACACAGCAUCAGUCAGCAGGGAGAGCAUCUUGAAGGACUGGAGGAGGUUGAUGUCACCAAGAUGCCAGUGACUGGUGUCCCUGUGAAGAGUGAAGAUGAUGAGGUCAAAGGUGAGAGUGAGGAGAAGAGAGAGGCGGAGCCUCCAAGCAGCAGCUCAACUCAACACAUGACAACAGAAGCUGAUGGAGACCACUGUGGAGGAUCACAAGCAGACAAGCUCUUAGCUCCACUAUCACAUAGUGAGGACACAACGUCACACUCUCCUGACACUGAUGAUGAAGACUCUAAAGAUGAUAAGACAUGUCACACUGACAACACACACUUCACAUGUUCUCACUGUGACAAAACUUUUAAUAACCGUCGUAAUCUGAAAAAACACACAAAUGUACACACCGAAGAAAAACCUUUUUCCUGCUCAGAAUGUGGUAGAGAUUUUAGACUAAAACAAAUGCUGAAAGAACAUAUGAGAAUACACACUGGAGAAAAACCUUUUUCCUGCUCAGAAUGUGGUCAAAGUUUUCAAAGAAAUCAGUAUUUAAAAGUACACAUGAGAAUACACACUGGAGAAAAUCCUUUUUCAUGUUCAAUCUGCGGUAAAGAUUUUACUCAAAGGUCCUUUUUGAAAAUACACAUGAGAAUACACACAGGAGAAAAACCUUUUUCCUGCUCAGAAUGCAGUAGAGAUUUUAGACUAAAACAAAGUCUGAAAGAACAUAUGAAAAUACACACUGGAGAAAAACCAUUCAAGUGCUCAAUUUGUAGUAAAGAAUUCAACCAGAAGGGAAAUUUGAUACAACACACAAAAACACAUACUGGAGAAAAACCUUUUUCAUGUUCAAUUUGUGGUAAAGAUUUUACUCAAAAAUACAAUUUCAAAGCACACAUGAGAACACACACUGGAGAAAAACCUUUUCAAUGUUCAAUCUGCGGUACAGAUUUUACUCGAAUGGACCAUUUCAAAGCACACAUGAAAAUACACACUGGAGAAAAACCUUUUUCCUGCUCAGAAUGUGGUAAAGCUUUUGGACGAAGAAGCACUUUAAAAGUACACAUGAGAAUACACACUGGAGAAAAAAAAAAUUCUUGUUCAAUCUGCAGGGUAGGUUUUGUAAAUAGUCAGUAUUUAAAAGAACACAUGAGAACACACGCUGGAGAAAAACCUUUUUCCUGCUCAGAAUGUGGUAAAACUUUUGUACAAAGAAACCCUUUGAAAGUACACAUGAGAAGACACACUGGAGAAAAACCUUUUUCCUGCUCAGAAUGUGGCAAAAGUUUUGUAAUAAAUCAAGGUUUAAAAGAACACAUGAGAACGCACGCUGUUAAAAAACCAUACUCCUGUUCAAGCUGCAACAAAAGCUUAUGUCACCUAAAAUCUUUGAAAGCACACAUGAGAACACACACUGGAGAGAAAGUGUUGAGUUGCAGUGUGUGUGGUGAACGAUUCUCUUAUAAGUACCAGUGUAAGAAACACAAGUGUUCAAGUGUGAGUGUAAAGUGUUGUGAUUGUGUGAAAAUGUGCGAAAGAACGAUAGCAGAGUACGAGGAGGAACUUUGUCCAACAAAAGAGGAGAAGGAGCGACAACAUCAAAAACAUCAAGUUGUGUUACACAGAACAGACAUCCAUCAGCUGAUUGGACACCAAGAAGAAUGUUUCCCUCAUCUGCAGGGGGACAGUUUCACUUUAGAGGAUCCACAGCCCUCACAUUUUAAAGGGGACGAGGAGGAUCCACAGCCCCCUUAUAUUAAAGAGGAAGAGGAGGGAGAGUGUCCUGUAGGGCAGGAGGAGGCUGAUCUCACCAAGUUUCCACUGACUGUUGUCUCUGUGAAGACUGAAGAGCAUGAAGACAAACCACCUGAGUCCUCACAGCUUCAUCACAGUCCAAACGUCUGUGAAGAACAUCUUUACCCUGAGCAACAGAAGUGGAGCUUCAGGAUGCGGACGGAGGAGCCACAGCCCUCCCACAUUAAAAAGGAAGAGGAAUACCCACUGAUCCCCCAUUUUAAAAAGGAAGAGGAACACCAACUGAUCUCCCAUUUUAAAGAGGAAGAGGAGGACACACUGACACCGCAUUUUAAAGAGGAAGAGGUGGAUCCACUGACCCCUCACAUUAAGGACGAAGAGGAGGAACACAGCAUCAGUCAGCAGGGAGAGCAUCUUGAAGGACUGGAGGAGGUUGAUGUCACCAAGAUGCCAGUGACUGGUGUCCCUGUGAAGAGUGAAGGUGAUGAGGUCAAAGGUGAAAGUGAGGAGAAGAGAGAGGCGGAGCCUCCAAGCAGCAGCUCAACUCAACACAUGACAACAGAAGCUGAUGGAGACCACUGUGGAGGAUCACAAGCAGACAAGCUCUUAGCUCCACUAUCAGAUAGUGAGGACACAACGUCACACUCUCCUGACACUGAUGAUGAAGACUCUAAAGAUGAUAAGACAUGUCACACUGACAACACACACUUCACAUGUUCUCACUGUGACAAAACUUUUAAAUACCCUAGUAAUUUGAAAACACACAUGAGAAUACACACUGGAGAAAAACCAUUUUUAUGCUCAAUCUGUGGUAAAGGUUUUAUACAAAGUGUUUAUUUGAAAAAACACAUGAGAACACACACUGGAGAAAAACCUUUUUCAUGUUCAAUCUGCGGUAAAGACCUUACUCGAAGGGACCAUUUCAAAGCACACAUGAGAAUACACACUGGAGAAAAACCUUUUUCAUGUUCAAUCUGCGGUAAAGACCUUACUCGAAGGGACCAUUUCAAAGCACACAUGAGAAUACACACUGGAGAAAAACCUUUUUCCUGCUCAGAAUGUGGUAAAAGUUUUGUAGUAAGUCGAAGUUUAAAAGUACACAUGAGAACACACACUGGUGAAAAGCCUUUUUCAUGUUCAAUCUGCGGUAAAGAUUUUAAUCAAAAGCACCAUUUCAAAGCACACGUGAGAAUACACACUGGAGAAAAACCUUUUUCCUGCUCAGAAUGUGGUAAAAGUUUUGUAAGAAAUACACAUUUAAAAUCACACAUGAGAACACACACUGGUGAAAGACCAUACUCCUGUUCAAGCUGCAACAAAAGCUUAUGUCACCUAAAAUCUUUUAAAGCACACAUGAGAACACACACAGGAGAGAAAGUGUUGAGUUGCAGUGUGUGUGGUGAGAGAUUCUCCUAUAAGUACCAGUGUAAGAAACACAAGUGUGCUGGUGAGAACAGCAGCAGCAAAUGAAGAUGCAGGAUUUGAAAUAAACUGUCAAAACUUUAACUUUGACUUUCUAACAACAUCAGCACAUAUAACAUGUGUGACAUCAUUGUUGUGUGUGUAACACAAUCUUGUUAAUAUGAUUCUAACAUUUAUAGAUUAGACACUUCAGAUUAGUGCUUUUAUUUCAGUCAAGUACAUGAGUUAAUAUACACAUUUGUGUACUUUAAAAUGAACAGAACAAUUUGACU